GGUAGCGUUUGGUGUGGCAGAGAGGUUGAGGAGGUGUUGCAGGAGAGAAUCCAGGGGAAAUGAGGGAGGAGUUUGGGAUUGAGGAGGCAGUGGAAGUGUGGUGGGGCUCAAUUUCAGAGUUGGGUUUGGUCGUGCUGGUCUAUUCAUGGCGGCGUGAUGGAGUGGGCGAUUGGGGAGGAUGCUUCCCUCCAUUUCCGAGGAAAAAGGAUGGGUUUUUUUGGGUUUGGGUUGAGAUUCAGAUUUGGAUGUUUUCAGGGGAAGAUUGGAUUGGGAUGGCACAUGGCACUGGCAGUGUGAGGAUAUGGAAGAGGCAAUCUACGAUGACUGGUGUUGAUUGAAGAUGGAAUUAGGCAGCAGGAUUGGGCGCCCCGUCUGGAAGGCUGGUUUCGUUUAUGGAUCAUCCUGUCAUUUUACGUUUCGCAUCUCAAAUGGUAGACGCAAAGGCAAAAGAUCUCUUUUUAAUUUCUUUCUUCGUUUCCUUCUUUCUUCUUCUUCUUCUUCUUCUUCUUCUUCUUUCUUCCUU